AGAAUGAAAAGUGAAUCACAAGGGAAAGAAUUGUGAAAGAUGGAGAAAGGGAAAAUCGAGUCGCUGUCGUUGAACUCAAAAUGCCUCAGCUGAUCCCGCGACGUAAUUCGAAUGCAGAAAAUCUCGAAUCGCCUCCGGUUAACGUCAGUAUGGAGAUAGAAGAGACUGAUGGAGUGGAGGAGGAAGAAGAAGAAAGUUCCCCGCUGGAAACCUUCGACAAAGGCUUGCCGGCGAAGCAUUUGUAUUUGGGCGAGAAUUUGGAGGAGCUGAAGGGCUACGGAAUCGAACCUGAUGAAUUCGAGGAAGUGGAAAUCCCCUUGAUUCCUGAGCGAAACUUCGCCUUAGUUCCCGGCCAGGUAUUCCCCUUCUCCAUGUACGAUCCUGCUGGAGUGUCCCUUUUCAUGGGACUUAUCCGGGACCGGAAGGAAUUCGGUGUUCGCUUCAAUGAAGAAACGGAAUGGGGGACAAUGGCCCAAAUCUACGAAUACUCCGUCAAGGAUGAGGACAGUAUGCCAUCGGUGUGUGUCAAAGCACGCGGUCGGCGCCGAUUUCUGAUCAAGAGCAUUCGUACUUGCCCCAAUGGACUUAGAUAUGCCAAGGUCUUGAUACAGCCCGAAGUCCGGUUGCAGGACUGCAUGUUGAAUGCGAGAUUUUCGUCGCUGAACAAGUUACGACUUCCUCCUAUUCCUAAACCUGUGAGCCGGGUUGAAGAUGAAGUGGAGGAAACCUCGAGUUCAGAUGUUUCGACGAACGACGAUUCCUGCGACUCCGACGAUAAACCCGAGUUGUAUCACCCCCCAAUUUCGACCAGCAUCCCUCGUCAGUUUGAUUACGCCUGCUCCCCAUUUCCGAUGUGGGUCCACGACAUGUACGACGAGCGACGGCUCGCGAAGCGGGUACGGGAAUCCAUCCCCGUCACAUCCUAUGUCGCGCAGAAUCGAAAGAAGUUCCUGCAGACCUCGGAGAACAUGCCUAUGUGUCCAGUGGAAUUGAGUCAUUGGGUAGCGAGGAGUUUACCUAUUCCAGAGUCAGACAGAAUCGCGUUGCUGCGCUUCAACUCGGCGGCCCAACGACUGCGGUACGAGCUGAGCUUGACUGCCAUUGACAAAUUCCGCACUCUGGGCUGCUACGUGUGUGGAAAGGAGAUCGCGAAGCAAGGUGAUGUCAUCUCCAUGUCGGACGAAGGUCCGCAAGGAGUAUUCAUCAAUGCCGGUGGUUACAUCCACGAUCUGUUGACGUUCUCCAAGCUUCUCGUCAAUAUGCAACUGGUUGGGGAGAGAGAGGAAAUGUUUUCGUGGUUCCCGGGUUACGCGUGGCGGAUUGGAGAGUGCCCCGCGUGCACCGAGCAUCUGGGUUGGCGGUUCGAUGCCGUAGAACCCAAACUGGUGCCCAGGAAAUUUUUCGCGUUGCUGAAAAAUAAAAUCUCGUGGAGCUCGUUUGCGUUGAACGAGCAACGCGAGACGAUGCGUCCUCAUUCAUGAGACAUUUUUCGGUCCUUCUCUGUUAUAUCCCCCCUGGCCCCGAGUCCGUGAUUCUGUUAUCUCUCGCAUCUUGAAUCGUAUUCUCUUGAAGCCAUGUCAGGUUUAGAAUUGUUGGUUGUCGAACUGGGUUUGGUUAGGCUUCGGUUCUUUUCAUUCGAACACCUGGCCGAUUUUUAUUGUUCCUCUGGCUACGUUAAAUGUAAUAGUUUCUUCAAAGAACACGUUGAAUUCCUUUCAUUUUUCCUCGGAUUUUCUUUCGAUCUUCAUAUUGUUGGACUGAGCAGCUUGAUCACGAUUCAUGUAACAAGAUGAGACACCCCAACGUUUAGAUGGGUCGCAUACGAUUUCAGAAAAUCAUGUGAUAUCAUUUAAACUUGAACAGAGCUAAAUUGAAGGCGAUCGUCAGUGCGAAGGCCAGGUGUUGAAUUCAGUCUGACUUAUUGAAUUUAAUGAGUGCAGUCAAGUGAGUUUAACGAGUUCAACAAUUGAAAAGGGGUUAUAACAGAGAAGUGCCGAAUUUUUUUUUUUAAGAAGUGGAAUUGUGCGUUUUGAAAAAUGUCUUGCUGAACGAAUUCCGGUCACAUCCCAUUUCUUAUUACAAAAUUCUGUGAGUUCAUCCGUAUCGUUGUAGUCAUUUGAAGGCGUUGUCGGAAAACCCAUAAUAAUCUUCGGUGUUGAAAAUCGUGCGUUUUUUUUCGAAUGCUUAUGCAUUGCAGGUCACGUCUCGUUCAACGUGAUAUUGUUUUUUUCUUUUUUUAUUCGGAAAUUUGACCCGUGAAAUGUUCAUCGUGAAGCGAAGAUAUCUUCAUUCUCUUUUUUUUUUUUAUAAUUUGCA